AUGAGGACUCACCUACCAAGCUUUUCCUCAACAAAGGAGAGAAUAAAAAGUAGGAUACAGCAUACAAGCCAGCCUAUAGAGAAUAAGGCGCUGUCUAGAGCCCCUGCAGGCGAUGAAUUUGACGAAUCUACUGCUGAUUUAACAUCGAACGCCACGUUAUCCUAUCAGUUUCCUCCAACGCCUCAGAGUGCGUCGAAACCUAAGGUUCGGGGAAUUGCAGAGCGUCCAGAACGUGCCGAUUGCCAACAAUCGGUAGUCUCUGAUGUGACGUGGCAAGAGCAGGAGCUUGCAAACGUUUCAGGGAGGAGCCGGAAUUCCUUGUCAUCUAAUCCGUACAUAUCACAUCCACUUCCACAUCCACCAUCGACGUCAACGUCUACAUCUCCGUAUCACCAACAUUCUGCUGAUUCACCAAGACCUGAUUAUGCACCCAAAAACCUUGUACAAAACUAUGGCAAUGAUUCAGCUACGAAUGCCAAGCCACAGGUGACAAGGCCUCAACAUAGGCAACGUAAGCGAGCAUCCGUGUCAUCUGUGGUUUCAGAGCUUACUUGGAACGAACCAUUGCCACAGGAACCGAGCUUGCUAAAUGAAAAAGGUGGUAGCUCCUCGCAUCAGCAAGUUUUGGGUUUGACUUCACAGCCGCCAAAGACAACAUCGGUCUUGGGAAAAUUGGAAGCACCUGAGGGUAAAUCAUCAGUAGCAGCAGACCACCGUGCUCCAAAAGCACGCGAUGGCUACAGGUACAAAAAAACGACACAGAAAGAACCACAAAGACAACUUUCCUAUGACGAUUCUGUAUCAUCGCUCGUUUCGGAUAUUACUUGGAUGGACUUGGAUAACUCCACAGUAGGGAGGCCAUCCUUUUCGAAUACAAAUGAGUUGUUUAAUGCAGCACAUGCUUAUACACCGGAUUCCAGAUCAAGGUCUCCCGCUAGAAGCAGUGCUAACAAUGUGGAAUUAUCAUCGGACACGAGGACAUCGUCAUCACGACAAAGGUCCUCCUUUCAUGAUUCUACUGUUUCCGAGUUGAGUUGGAUGAAUUCUGAGAGUUCGUUGAAGAUCAGCGAUCUGAUGCGCACCAGCAUUAUGGAGGUUGUCAAUGAAGGGUCUGGAACACCAUCCACCUCUGACGGAUCGAAAGAGAUCAAUGAGGCUAUUGGCGUCACAUCAGGGUGGCCUGCAAAAGAGGAAGCAUCGCCUGAGAACAAAAUGAAAAUGAGACUUAUAGAAACAACGCAAAUGAACUUGGACGAUUUGGUUCGAUUGGAAGACGAUACCCUGCCAACGAUACCCAGGCGGAAAAACUCAGCCUCGAGCUUUGAUCUACUUGGGUUUUCCGACGACUCGGACUAUUUGGAAGAGUCCGACGAACCGUCUGAGCCCAAGAAGGUUUCCAAAUCCAAGAAGGUCUAUAAGAAGAGUAUGGAGACCAAGGCGAUGGGGGGUAAGACACUGCCUCGGGAGUCUGAACAUUCGGUGGAAUCUGUAUCCAAAAAGAAGGGCACCAAGACAAAGGCUGGUGGAGGUGUGAAGUCAAAGAACAAGAAGUUGAAGAAAAAGAUCAAGAAAACGUUGGAUGAAUCCGAACAUUCCAAUGAUGGUAUUCUGGAUCACAAGCCCAGGAAGACGAAGGCCAAAGGAAAGAAGAAAAAGCCAAAAGAUUCCGAUCGUGCCAAAUUGGACGACUCCGAACAUGGCACCCAGUUGCACAAUGGUGAAACUUUGAAGAAACCUAGCAAGAAAUCCAAGAAGAAAAAACUGGAUGACUCGGAGCGCAGCGCUGGUACCGAUGACACAGUAGCCACUUUGAAAGCAAGAAUAAAGAAGAAACUCGAUGAUUCCGAUCGCUCAGUCUUCGGUGAAUCUGACCGAUCCACUUUUGAAGUCGGCGAGCUUCCAGAUCUGAAAACGAUAGGUGUCCUAAAGAAGCGAGAUGACCUCGACACUUCAAAUCAUUCAGUGCAGUCAGCUGUUGAAUUUGGCUCCUCUAGACAGAAGGUUCUUGGAAACCGAUCCAGACGAAGCCGCAAUUCAGACCUUGACUCAUCGAAUCACUCCAUCCAAUCGUGUCUUGAAAUGGAAACGACUAGAUUCUCCAGUCCCAAACCCAGCGCACUUUCAGACAAACCAAUUCGCCCAUCAUUCCGUCCAAAGGUGAGCGUCAAGAAGACCAAGAGGAAAUCGGUAACAUUUGCCGAUGGCGAACCUUCGAGGCCUCUAGUCCCAAUCCCCAGGAAGGAAAUGACCAGAGAUUGGGGGGAAGAAGGAAGCGUCGAUAGUCUUCCUUCCAUGUCGCAAAGAAAUAUUAGCAGCCAAUCUCCUCCAAGUCUUCCGGCUAGGCGAGUAUCAAAAGGGACAAUAGACUCCAACGACAUCAAGCCUGUUUCAAAGCCUCCCAAGAAUGUCCACCAGAGUCCGUCAAGUCGUGUCGGCGGUGUGGACUUCCUAUUGAAUAGAAUCUCUGGCAUUGACCAGGAUUCUGAUUCGGAAGUGCCCAGAAACAAUGAUGUUGCUCCUCGUAUGCCAAGGCCCCGACUUUCGCAAGAUUCACCACAAUUCUUAUCUCCUACCGUAAUCAAGGGUUGUCGUACGCCUGCGACGCCAGUACUAAGCACUCCAAAAGUUAGUGCUCGCGAUCAGCUGGGCUUGACGCGAGUGGAGCAAUCCGCUUCGAAGCUCGUCACACCCACAGGUAAAAUCCUUGGGAAGCAACGAAAGGAAAAACGCCGUACGGAGAGUAGUAUGCGCAAGGUUGAAGUGUUCGAGUCAAUGCACAGCAUCAUGAUUGAUGAAUUACCUGAUGAAGAAUGA